UCUUUUGUCUUUUUUAUUUAUUAAUUUUUUUAACUCUUUAAGUGUUCCAUGCAGUGUCAGAGUGUCAGUUCUCUGUGGGGCUCAGAAGGGAAGUUUAUUAGUCCCAAUUAGCAGCCCUAUUAAGGAGGAAAAUUAGAGUCUUAAUGAGCUUCCUCUGAUUAGCAAAAUAACAGGUUUCCCCGCCUCUGGGCAUUAGAGGUGUGGGGGUGAAAGCUGCCUUCUGUGGCUGUCAGAUACCUCUCCAGCCUUCACUCCGAGUUCAAAUGGUUAUGACUGAUGAGAUUUUAAUUACACUCUUAAAUUUCCCUACUUGCUUGUGAUCUUAACUCCUGGAGCGGGAAGCAGGCCCAUGGGGUAGGCUGGAAGGGGGUGAAAGGGAAAGUGGCAGGAAAGGAGUAAGCAGGGAUGCCCAGCGAGCACAGGUGGGCAGAGGAUAGAGGACAGAGGUCAGCUCCCACUGGGCACACAUUUCUCUCUCCUGCAGGGUCCCUGGGAGGCGGGGCAGCCCUGAGCUCUGGGAUGGAGCCCGAGACCGUGCUAUGGGGCCCAGACCUGCAGGAUCCGGAACAGAGCCCCAGCACUGCUCACAGAGGUACCGACAGUGGGAACGAAGAGGAGAGCCCCCAGAGGGAAAGUUCUGGGGAGGAGGUCAUCUUGGGAGAUCCAGAUCAGAGUCCAGAAUUCAAGGACCCGCAAGAGAUGCCCUUGGAGAGACCCUCCGAGGACCCCUCAGGCCCUCCGGACUCCCCCACCCCAGGGGGUCACCCCAGGCCCUUGGACUCCCCUACCCCUGAGGUCGUCCCCUCCCCCUCUGACUGGACCAAGGCCUGUGAGGCCAGCUGGCAGUGGGGGACUCUGACCACCUGGAACAGCGCGGCCGUGACGGCCAGCGAGCCCAGCCUCCGCGAGCUGGUGCAGGGCCGGCCGGCGGGGGCCGAGAAGCCCUACAUCUGCAACGAGUGUGGCAAGAGCUUCAGCCAGUGGUCCAAGCUCUUGCGGCACCAGCGCAUCCACACGGGCGAGCGGCCCAACACCUGCUCCGAGUGCGGCAAGAGCUUCACACAGAGCUCGCACCUGGUGCAGCACCAGCGCACGCACACGGGCGAGAAGCCCUACAAGUGCCCUGAUUGCGGCAAGUGCUUCAGCUGGAGCUCCAACCUGGUGCAGCACCAGCGCACGCACACGGGCGAGAAGCCCUACAAGUGCACCGAGUGCGAGAAGGCCUUCACGCAGAGCACCAACCUCAUCAAGCACCAGCGCUCGCACACGGGCGAGAAGCCCUACAAGUGCGGCGAGUGCCGGCGCGCCUUCUACCGCAGCUCCGACCUCAUCCAGCACCAGGCCACGCACACGGGCGAGAAGCCCUACAAGUGCCCCGAGUGCGGCAAGCGCUUCGGCCAGAACCACAACCUCCUCAAGCACCAGAAGAUCCACGCGGGCGAGAAGCCGUACCGCUGCACCGAGUGCGGCAAGAGCUUCAUCCAGAGCUCGGAGCUCACCCAGCACCAGCGCACGCACACGGGCGAGAAGCCCUACGAGUGUCUGGAGUGCGGCAAGAGCUUCGGCCACAGCUCCACCCUCAUCAAGCACCAGCGGACUCACUUGCGCGAGGACCCCUUCAAGUGCCCCGUGUGCGGCAAGACCUUCACGCUGAGCGCCACGCUGCUGCGGCACCAGCGCACGCACACGGGCGAGCGGCCCUACAAGUGCCCGGAGUGCGGCAAGAGCUUCAGCGUCAGCUCCAACCUCAUCAACCACCAGCGCAUCCACCGCGGCGAGCGGCCGUACAUCUGCGCCGACUGCGGCAAGAGCUUCAUCAUGAGCUCCACCCUCAUCCGCCACCAGCGCAUCCACACGGGCGAGAAGCCCUACAAGUGCUCCGACUGCGGCAAGAGCUUCAUCCGCAGCUCGCACCUCAUCCAGCACCGGCGCACGCACACGGGCGAGAAGCCCUACAAGUGCCCCGAGUGCGGCAAGAGCUUCAGCCAGAGCUCCAACCUCAUCACGCACGUGCGCACGCACAUGGAUGAGAACCUCUUCGUGUGCUCCGACUGCGGGAAGGCCUUCCUGGAGGCGCACGAGCUGGAGCAGCACCGGGUGGUCCAUGAGCGCGGGAAGACCCCCGCGCGGCGAGCUCAGGGGGAGACUCUGCUGGGGCUCGGGGACCCCGCCCUGCUCACCCCACCCCCUGGCGCCAAGCCACACAAAUGCCUCGUGUGCGGCAAGGGCUUCAACGACGAGGGCAUCUUCCUGCAGCACCAGCGGAUCCACAUCGGAGAAAACCCCUACAAGAACGCCGACGGCCUCGGGGCACAGCCAGCCCCCAAACCUCCCCAGUUGCGUCCCCCCCGGCUUCCAUUUGGGGGGAAUUCCUAUGCAGGUGCUUCAGAGGGCAGGGCCGACCCCCCAGGACAGCCCUUAAAAAACCCUGACGGGCAGGAGAGGCCGGCGCCGCCCGCUGCCAAGUCCUACAUUUGCUCGCACUGCGGGGAGAGCUUUCAGGAUCGGGCCGUGUUCCUCCAGCACCAGAUCACCCACGGCAACGAGAAGCCCUUUCACUUUCCCGAGGGUAGGACCGGCCUCCGGGAAGGGGCAGGCCCCAGCCCCUUCCUAGGUGGGAAGCCCUUUAAAUGCCCCGAAUGCAAAAAAAGCUUCGCACUCAGCUCGGAGCUGCUGCUACACCAGAAAGUGCACGCUGGGGGGAAGGCCUCGAAAAGCGCCGAGGUGGGAAAGAGCUCAUCCGUCCUCCUGGAGCACCUCCGGAGCCCGCUGGGGGCCAGGCCCUAUAGCUGCGCCGACUGCGGGGCCUCCUUCCUCGAUCGCCUGGCCCUCAUCCGCCACCAGGAGGCCCACAUGCCAGGAAAGCCCCCCCGGCAAGAGGACCCCGUUCCAGAGCCAGCCCCUAGGCCCACCAGUCCAGAGGGCGAGGGCAAGUCCCCUACCCCCACAGGGAGCAGCAGCCAUGGGAAAGGGGAAACCCCCAAAACCUUGUUGGAAGAAAAGCCCUAUCUCUGCCCCGAGUGUGGCGACGGCUUCUCAGAAGUCGCAGCCCUCCUCCUCCACAGAAGCUGUCACCCCGGGGUGCCCCUCUGAGCAGGUUUGGGCACCUUUCUAUCCUGAGAGGAACACUGGAUCAUCCCAGAAAUCAUAUGGGGGAAGGAGAAAAACUCUAGCAGCUUGUAGGGAAAUGGAGGAUAAAGAAUCCCGGAUAAAAAUAGUGUUUUCACAUCAGUGAUGAAAACCCAUAUGAAAUUGUUGGUGGGAACAAGGCAGUAGAGAAAAACUCUUGGGUUAGAAACCCUCUAUGUAGGAAAAAUAAAAAAAGUCCUUUAAGUCUGUAGCCAAAAAUCCCGAUAAACCAUAGUGGAUAAAAGCCCUAUUAAUUGUAGGACGAGGCCCCAGUUUGUCUCUAGGCAACCCUAUAAGCCGUCUGGAAUCCACGUGACACUGUAGGUGGACGCGCAGGCUGGCAUGGCCCGGGCGGCCCCCACGGGGCAGCAUCCAGAAAUCUUGGACAAUUAACAGUUGCUGAGAAAAGUGCUCAGCCAAGGGACAGAGAAGGCUCAGCCCUGGGACAGGGAGUGGUGAGGUUACCCUCAGUCCCCCCAGGAACUGGGGGAGAGCCGAGCUCAUUGCAUUAGGGUGCUUGGGGCAUAAGGGCACCUUGCAGUGAGUUGUGAAUGGGGGGGAGGAAGAGGCCCAUGGGAUUUCGUAUCAGAAAGAACCCAAAAAUGGGGAAGGAAAAAAAUGACGGCAGGCUUUUUUAAGGCUGAAGUGUGUACGAAUACUGAUAACCACAAAAAUUAGGGGAAACGACGAGUUUCUGUUAUGUGCUUUAAGGAAAACAAAUAGGUGGAAAAACUUCAGCUGGAAUCCAGCAAAGCCCAGGCCCCCCCGCCCCCCAAAUCCUUCCACUUCCUGAAGCUAAUUCAAGGGCCAGCAGCCCCAGGUCAGAUGUCCAGGGUCCUCUGCGCCCGUCAGAAUGCCCCAAUUCUAUUCAGAGGCCUCCAGGCGCGGAGUGUCCCCCGCCGUGUUCUCAGGUCUCACCGCCACCAGCCUUGCGACAGUGGGGACCGUUUCCUUGCAUCCUGUCCUCAAUGCAGAAGAAACGUCACUAGUUGACCUCCAAAGAAUAAAGCCCUACAGAGCCUGGGGCCUGUGUAUGGUUCGGCCCUGCGGCGGCUUCUCACCAGGCCCACGCGGGACGGUGAGCAGUAGAAUGGGGUGGGGGGAGGGGGAACCCAGCGGUGCCCACCACGCUCCUCUAAGCAGCCUUGGAGCGCGGCUGCUAGCAGGGUGAGCCAAGCCCGCAGGGAUCUGGUCAGUACAGGCUUCCCACACUGGGCUCGGGCUCCUGGCCUGACCUGGCGAGGCUCCCCGCUCCCCGGCUGACUCCUCAGCCACGACCCUGCAGUGGGGAAGGGAGGAUGAGGGAAGCGCUCUGCGGGGCCAGGUCCUCACACCACACCCCCCACCCACACUGUCAUUAGCGAGGCCCCGCAGCAGAGGGAAGAUUGUUCCCCUAAUGAUGGAGAAAGCUCCUGAAACAAGAACCCCACCUCUGACCCCGGAGCCCCUUAGGGGAGAGGACAAUAUCCAGUGCUGAGUCCACAGGAAAUGCCUGCGGAUUCCACAGACGGUUCCCAUCGAGCCGUAGCAGAGAACCCGAAUUCUACACUGGCAAGUGCAAAGGGUCUUCCACCUCCAUAUAUCCCCCAAGGUAGGGACCCUUGGAGGAAGGACCCAGGCCCGCUGGGCAGAAGCAGCAGGACUUGUAUGAUUGCAGGGAGAUCCUUGCCAACCUCUGCAUCAAGCUAGCCCCCCUCAGCAAAGGGCCCAGGCGGAGCGUGUUGCUGAAGGGGGGGCAGCCUGUCGCCAUGUCUGCAGGCAGCAAAGGGUCCCUAUGAGAUAGAGGAGGAGACAAUCCUUCGAGUCCGAGCAGAGUUCUCUCAGAUGGUGGUAGAGAGGAACUCGAGCUGUAGAGACAAGCCACAGAAAGCUAGAUGCAGACCCCCUCAGAAAGUUCUGGAAAACGGCUCUGGAAGAGUCUUGGCCAUCAGCCUCUGAGGGAUCCGCAGUGGUAGGUGUGGCCGAGUGAGGCCUCGAGGACUAGGCUGUAGCAAAUGUAGUAGGAUGCUCGCAUGUGGUAGGGGUGAGUGACCCAGGGUUUCGGCUCUGGGAUUGGAUGCAUGAUGUGGACUCGAGUUGGGGUGGGGGUAUGUGACUCGCUCUGUUGCCCACCUCCCCCUAACUCCUUGAGCCAGUUCUCACUCCCAAAGGGAGCACAUCUCAGGAAGAGCGAAGACCGGCAUCACUGGCUGGGACUGGACAUAACGGAGGUUCCUUCUGACCAGCUCAGGUGGGGCCAGAGGUCUUGGCACUGGCAACCAGAGCUUGCAAGGCAAAACCUCUUGUCCGUGCAGAUUCCAGACUCUGCCCACGUGCUCCCAGGGAGAGGCCCGAUAGAUACGGUCACGGAGUGUUGGAGACAGCACUGGGGAGGCUGGAAGCAGACCUGAGCUUAGGUAACAGUGUCAUGGGGACACAAAGACGAGCAUGAAGCCCGAACGGGCUGGGGACUUCAAACCAUCACAGCUGAGCGGGCUGCCUUGAGCUGUUCUCCACUUCCCAUGAAGGAAACCCCACUGACCUGAGUUGCCCCCUAGAGCGAAGAGAGGCCCCGCUUUGAGUGUCGUGUGUCAAUAACAGUGUUGUGUCACUGGUGGUCAUGUUGAUUAGUUGAAGAGAAUAAAGGGAAUAAGAUUC